AUGCGUGAAAUAAGUGAAUCCUCUAUAUUUCAUGGAUCUUGGUUUUCACAUGACCUUGGUCUCCUUGCAAACAGCCGUUAUGAAUUAGCAGGGAAGCUUGUUGCUUGGAGCAUCCUGCAUAGGGGAAGCGGCCCACGUUGUUUAUCAUCAGUUGAUUAUGAUCUGCAGCAAUCUGUUCAGGUUACUUUUGUAAAUGGUAUCAAUGCUGUUAAUGAUGUGGAAAUGAAAAGCAUGUUGCAAGAAUUCAUGAAUAGCUCAUCCGAGGAUACCUUCACUUCAUUGGUCAACUAGCAUGGUGGAAAAAUUGCAGAAUCUGGUUAUCCAAAAAUCUAUCGUUGCAAUUUAUCAAAUGAAAGUGAAAUGAUUGAGUCAUUGUUGAAACAACAUUUCGUUUAUGAAGUCCUUGCAGAGGUGUCACAAUUCUUCAAUGGAUUAAAUUCCAUUGGUCAGCUUGGUGAUAGGAUUUUACAAAACAAGCAAUUGUUUGAUUUGACCUUGGGUAACCAACAUCCAUCUUUAACGAAAUCAUCAUUCAUGACAUUGUACAAGAUCAACCGCUCAGAAGAAGAGUCCAACCAAAGCAGCAAGGAGGAUA